UCCUCAUUAAUGUAAGAUUAUGUCAUUCGAGCCAAAAAUCACCCACUUGUGGACCUCAAAUUCAACACAACCCAAUUUACCAGAUUAAGAGAAAUGGGGGUGUAGCACCCAUAGUCAUGAAAAUAACAAUUACGUUUGGUGCACUACUAUUUUCAACAUUAUCUCUGCAUUAUAUUGUCAUAUUAGAUGGACAAAUUGGUUAGAUUUUUCUCUUCAUUUUAGCCAAAUUGUAUUUUAUAUUGUUUCCCAACAAUAUUCUUUAAUAUGUUCUAUCAUCUUAGAUCUCAUCUGACAUAAAUCUGAAGAUUUCUCUGUCAAUAAACUCCAAAAAACCCAUUACUUAUCUUCUUGCCCCCUUUUGAUCCCACUCAUCUCAGACAAAUCUCUGUCAAAAACAAAUCUUGUUUGAGUUUUUACAGCUAAGGUGGUUGCUAAAACAUAGAACAAUUGUAAAACACCCAAACACAAUCUUACCAGGUUCAAGGUACCCGAAAUCCAGCAUAACUCUGCAUUCUCUGAACUUGUAACAAAAAAACUCCUAGUUUUUGUAGUUACUUUACUUUAGCCCAUACUUUUUUGUGAUUAUAACUUGUAUUGUGGACACAUUCAUGGUGACCAACAUAAACUGGGGUUGUUUUGGUACUCUGGAAAUGAAGCAGAGGAAAAAGCUGGAGUCUAUACUCUUUUUGUUUUCGGGUUUCGUCGUUACUGGUUCGGACCAGAUAUUAAUAGCUGGGUCAUUAGCAUGAGAUUAUAGCAACUUUUAUGCUAUAGAUUAAGAUGGUGUUUUCUUGUUUGAGGCCGUUUUGGGAGGGUGGAGUUAGUGAUGAGAAAAGAGACUCAAAAGGGAAAGUUAAAGGAUUAAUGUGGUACAAAGAUUUGGGUGAACAUGUUUAUGGCGAGUUUUCAAUGGCAGUUUUGCAAGCAAAUGAAGUAGUAGAAGAUCAAAGUCAAGUUGAAUCAGGGCCUUUUACAACUAUUAGUCCUGGACCUCAUGGUACUUUUAUUGGGAUAUAUGAUGGGCAUGGAGGACCUCAGGCUGCCUCUUUUGUAAAUAAUAAUCUGUUCCAGACUUUCCAAAGUAUUGUUCAUGAGCACGACAAAGUAUCAGAAGAAGUAAUAAAGGAGGCUUUCACUGCAACAGACGAUGAAUUCACACGGAUAGUAAGAAAGCAAUGGAAACAAAAACCACAUAUUGCAUCACAAGGAACAUGUUGUUUGGUAGGAAUUAUAUGCAACGGGAAAUUAUAUAUUGCAAACGCUGGAGAUUCAAGGGUUGUUAUGGGAAGGUUGGACAAAAUGUCAUCGUCGAGGGGUUUGCGAGCUAUGCAGCUGUCAACUGAUCAUAAUGCUAAAAUGGAGACUGAGAGAGAAGAACUUCGAUCAUUACAUCCCCAUGAUCCCGAUAUUGUUGUUCAGAAACACAAAGCUUGGCGUGUCAAAGGCAUCAUUCAGGUGACAAGAUCUAUAGGUGAUGUUUAUUUGAAAAGCGUAGAGUUCAACACAGAUCCACUACCAUCCAAGUAUAGAGUGCCAAUAUCUUUCAGUAAACCAAUUCUGAGGGCAGAGCCAUCAAUAUCAGUGCUUAAACUGCACACGGAUGACCGAUUUCUUAUAUUUGCUUCUGAUGGUUUGUGGGAUCACCUUACUAACCAAGAGGCGGUAGACAUCGUGCACAAUAAUCCCCGACAUAGGUUUUGGCGUGUAUUCAGGCUUUAUAUUAGGCUCAACAGAACCAGUUGCAUCAUAUCAACCUCUUCACUGAUUCUACCAAUCUUGUUCAAGUGCUGCAAAACCAUCUCCGUCCAUAUAUUCAGCUAAUUUGGACAUUUGAAAAGCUCAAGAUUCUCGCCAACGAGUUUACUUCAUGUUGCAUUACUAAGGUGCCUUAUCAUAGUGUUGCAAAUGCGGAUAAGAUCGCUAAGAAAUGCCUCGCAACUAUGACUUUUACUAUUAUAUGUUAGUUUUGUUCUUCAACCGGUGUAAAAAAAAUCUAGGGAGGUUUUGGUUCAAUUAGUUGGUUAAAUGGUAUGAGAAGGGAAACUCUUAAAUGGUAUGAGAAUGGAAACUCAUGCCAUUAUUAAUGGAAAAUUCAUUGUUUGGUUCACUGAUCAAAGUAUCGAUCUAGAAUCUAUUACUAAAGAGAAGGUAUAGUCAUACAACGGUCUUAAUUCAUACAUUGUGGUGGGAUGAGAUUCCUUAGAUUUAGAAGGGAUAAUUGAUAAGAAAGAUACAAACAUGGUUCCUAAACAAAGUUAAGUCCACGAAACAAAUUUCCAUCACUAAUAAAAUGACACGUAUUUCCGAUGUUUUAGUCAAGCUUCUUUAAAAGUGAAAAUGUGAAUGUACGUAAUGAGAUAAAUAAGAGUCGACUUUAGACUAAAGCAAAUGAAAAAUUUAGAGUUAAACAUACAUUUGGGAACUCAUUUUUUGAAUAUUUCACCUUUUAGGAUUCAACUCUAUUUCUUUCACCUUUUGGGAGCUCAUAUUACAUUUCCACUAAUUUUUCUAUAUUCAGGGAAAAUAAUUAAUCACACUUAAUUUAUUUAUUCUUUUUCCUAUUUUCUCUUUUUCUAAUUUACCUCUUUCCUUCUUUGAUUAUCUUCACAAUAUUCAUUUCUUUUCUCGU